AUGCCUAGGAAACGAUUAAAUAAAUCGAAUAUCGAUAAAAGAUUGGAAGACGGUGAUGAUGAUGCCUUCCUUUUCGAUGAUUCUCUGUCCAGCUCCGGUAGAAGCGGUCAUGAGCCUCAACAUAGAAACGCAGCGAACGCGCGCGAAAGAGCCCGUAUGAGAGUACUGUCGAAGGCUUUUUGCAGGUUAAAGACUACUUUACCCUGGGUACCAGCUGAUACUAAGCUCUCCAAACUGGACACUCUUCGUUUGGCUGCAUCAUACAUCGCACAUCUUCGAGCUCUGCUGCAUGAGCCGAGAUCAGCUCACACGCCGCCUCAUCCACUCAAUCUGGCAUGGCCAUUCGCAUUCCAACAUGGAGGCAGUUUAAGUUGUACGAUCUCUCAAAGAUGGAGUGUUAACACACAAAACUGCGACUCAACUGCCGAAGAAAGAAAUCAAAUCCAAAGAGAAAUACAUAAUAACGGUAGAUGCAACGAAAAUUAUAACCAAGAUUAUUCAGAAAAUGAUUAUGAAGAAAGAAAUUACGAAGAAAUGACGAACGACGUCCCUUGUAAUAACGUGCAAUAUUGUGAAUACGGCUACAAAGAUAAUUAUUAUGAGAUGAGAAACUCUUAUUCGUCAAACGGAUUAAUGAAUGUGUGA